GGAGCGGCUCGUGUUGGUUCCAGCUGACAGCAAGAGAGAGAGAGAGAGAGAGAGAAAGAGAGAGCGCGCAUUGGAGCUGUGAGCAGCAUCCAUCCAUCUCGCUCACUCUCGCGUGUUGUUUUUCUUUUUAUUUGUGUCGUCUUUAUGGUCACACAUUUUUACGCUUUCUGUCUUUUUUUCCCUUUUUUUUUUUUGUUUUUUGGGGGGGUGGGGUGCACUUUUGCCAAUCUUGUCGCCCACUCUCACGUGCACGAGGAGGCGUCGAUGCCCACCGGGCGGAGGGGCGCUUGAGUGGCCGCGCGUCCCGGAGAUCCAGCGCACGCUCGGCGGGGAGAGCAGGGACGGAGGGGCGGGGAGCACCCGGGGGGUGGGGGUCGGGGGGGGGGGGGUCUUAGCAGCCAUGGGGCCGUUGUGGAGAUAAGAAGAACGCUUCUUCUUCUUCCUCUUCUUUCGACGUGCGCGCGCAUCGUUUUGACGGCGCGCUAAUUGGAUUAUUUUGAUUUUGGACAGGUCGCCCACUGCCCCCCCCCCCCCACACACACACACACUCUCGGAAGUUAUGUCCAGACCUCUCGCUCAGCUCCUGCCGCCGGAUCUUCCCGCGGCAGGGGCCAGCCCCCAGUUCGGGGCCCCCACCCCGGCCUCGAGUGGCCCCCCGGGCGGGCACCUGACGUCGAUGACCAACCUCAAGUCCCUCCUCCAGCUGCCAAUCAAGGCCGACCAGCGAGGCACCAAAGACUGCUGCGAGAUGAAAGAUAAAAAUAAACCUUUGGACUCGGAUGAAGACUCGUUGGGAUUGGCCGGCGGUGCCGGCGGGCCCGGCGCCCUGGGCUCCGGCGCCCUGCGGCCCAAUUCCCAGUCGGCCUUCCUGGGCCCGCUGCUGUGGGAGCGGACGCUGCCCUGUGACGGCGGCCUGUUCCAGCUGCAGUACAUGGACCUGGAGGAGUUCCUGACCGAAAACGGAAUGGGCAUGCACGGCAACGGGCCCAGCUCGGCUAGCGCGCAGAUCCCCUCGCAGAGCUCCCAGUCGGCGGUGCCCAAUCAGAGCUCGCAGUGCCCACCCAGCUCUCCUUCGCCGUGCUCGUCCUCUUCCUCCAUGUCCUCCUCAUCCUCCUCGUCCUCCCUGCUGGGACUGGAAACCGUCCAACCCCCGCCGCCUCAGCAGCAAGGGAUGAUGGGAGGACCUGAGUGUCUACAUGGUGGUCAGGUGGUGGGCCAGGACGCGUCCCCCUCCUCCAGCGGCCCUUCUGUCCCGGCCGUGGCGUCCACGGCGGCGGCGACGGCCAACGGCAACGGUGACAUCCAGGUCAACUUUGACCCCGACCCGGCGGACGUGGCUCUGUCCAGCGUCCCGGGCCAGGAGGCGUUCGACCCGCGGAGGCACUGCUUCAGUGACGAGGAGCUCAAACCGCAGCCCAUGAUCAAGAAGGCGCGCAAGAUGCUUGUGCCCAUUGAGCAGAAGGAUGAGAAGUACUGGAGCCGGCGCGUCAAGAACAACGAAGCGGCCAAGCGCUCGCGUGACGCCCGCCGCCUGAAGGAGAACCAGAUUUCGGUGCGCGCCGCCUUCCUAGAGCGCGAGAACGCCGCGCUGCGCCUGGAGGUGGCCGACAUGCGCAAGGAGCUCGGACGCUGCCGGAACAUCAUCAACAAGUACGAGAGUCGGCACGGCGACCUGUGAGCGGGACGCCCGCGAGGAGACGGCGGAGGAGGAGGACGGACGGCAACCAGUCAACCCUAACAACAGCAGCACUUUAGUGGAAGUCCGACAACCGCAGGAGGAAAACGCUACGCGGCGCUGCGCGUUUUUUAACGUGUCACCGUAGCUCGCUCUAACUGUCCACCCCGUAAUUCCCACAUGUCCCACGUACGGCGUCCGAUCACGUCGUGUUUUUUUUCCCCCUACAUGGCAAAGUCUAUUUUUCAAGCGGCAACCAUUCAAUUUAACAACAGCAGCACUUUAGUGGAAGUUGCUAUGCGGCGACGCUAUGGGGCUACGUUUGUGAGAAUGCUACGCGCAUACACUACGUUGCAACGCUAUGCUGCAACGCAAUGACACAAAAGUAUAUGUCAACGUUGUAGGGCAAAGCUAUGCGGCAAUGCUAUGUCGCAAUGUGCGGUAGAGCUAUGUGGCCACGCUAUGCGGCAACAUUACAUGGCAACGCUAUGCGGCCAUGGUGCCAUAGCGCACUCCCACUUUACCAGUCCCUGAUCUGGAUUUUCCACACACGUCUGACAUACCGCAUCCGCUCGCUUCGUGUUCUUUUCUAUGCGAAAGUCUACGCUAUGUGCCCACGGUAUACGGCAACGCCAUGCGGCCCACUCCAUGCGGCCGCUCACGUCCGAGCCGUCACUUUAAUGUUUGGUCGCGUUCUUUUCUACAUGUCAAAGUCUAUUUUUCAAGCGGAAAGACAGGAAGCGUGGCGGCCGGCGGCCGGGAGAUGGAUGUCUAUUUUUCUACGAGCAGGCCAGCAGGACUUUUCUAGAUUUUCUACGCCAGGCGGCAACCGGUCACCCGACGUCAAAGAAUCUAGCCGGUGGAGGCGGAACAGAAUGUAUCUCGUCCAAUCAGGGAUUUCAUACGGUGCAAGAGGCGGGGCUUAGUAACCAUUGCGAGAGGUGAGAAGGAGUUCGGAGAUCAGACGCUCGUUGUUUUUCUUUCUUUUCUUUUUUGAGCGAUUUCUUUCGCCGUGUCUGAUUGGCUCGCGGGUCGCCACGGUAACAGACGCAGUGCACGGCCGACACUUUUGAUCGGCACCUUUGCAUUUUACUAUUCCUGUGUACAAUUGUACACGUGCGAGCACAACACUCAGAAACACACACAAACAUACUAUACAUGCACACACACGCACCAUAGAUAUUUACACACGCACAGACACAAACACACACUCAUAUACACGUCAUUGUUGUUUUGGACUUCGAUGGUGCUGAUCUGAAACGGGCCUUCACCUGACACACACACUCACACACACACACAUUUUGAACUGCCUAUUAAUCCUUUGUUUGUGUUUGAGUUGAUCUUCUCUUUGUGUAUCGAUGAAAGCGUAUCUAGAUUUACACGUCUAUACCUCCUACCUUCAAACCUUUCCAGCCAUGAUGGAUGCUCCCUACUAAUACUGUACUCUUCUACUCUCACUAUAUAUAUAUAUAUAUAUAUAUAUAUAUAUAUAUAUAUAUAAACAGUAUGUGUAUAUGAUAUAUGCUUGAAAUGUGAUUCUCGUUGUAAUAUACAUAAAUGAAUAUAUUACAGAGGAAAAACAAAUCCUUUUUUUGGGUCAUUUUUCUCAGGUAUUUUUGUCUGAGUUAUUAAAUACACAUAUUUAGAAAAAUUCUAAGCAAAAAAAAAAAAAAAGAAAUGGAACAUUUGCUUGCAAAUUUUGUGGCUUGUUGACGUUGCAAGGUGGGAAUUGUUGUCGGAUCUGUCUUUUGAUUGGUUGAUUGACGAUUGCUUUAUUUAGCCACAAAUCAGCUGGGAUCAUCUUCACCACACGCGCUCACUCGAGUGUUUCUUUUUUUUUUUUUUUUUUUUUGUGGGGAGACCAAAAACCAAACGAAGCCUGAAAGGUAAAAAAAAAAAAAAAAAAAAAAAAGUUGAAAAAUGUUCUCAGCUUGUAUUGUGCUUGUUUUUUCUUCUUCCACUUCCUGUUAUUCCCUCAAUUCACUUGAAUUCCAUGGAGCCCAAGUGCAUUCUGGGUGCUGCACUUCCAACAUGGUUGUCCACUUUUGUAGGUGGAAUAUAUUUAGUACAGAAACGGCAACUUGGGACUUUGAAUUAGGAAUGUUCCGGAGCGUUUUCAUGCUCGGAAGGCGGCGGCGGGGAAGCCAUGUGUGUGUGUGCGAACGACUUUUCUUUUUUGGGGAUUUUGAAAGUCGGUCCCAAUUGUUUGAGACUUUCCGGACGUUUUUCUAUAUUGGAUGUGUUCCGCAUGGUGCAAAUGGUGGCCUCCUGGCAGGUAACCAUGGCGACGAUAAUCACAGCCUCCUUGUUUUCCUCUCACAACUUUGUGGAUGGCCACGUUCCCUACUGGUGACUCUUGAGAACUACAACUCCCUGCGGCGCCACCUAGCGACGUGGUGACACCUUUUUUUUUUUUCUUGUGACGACGAUAAUGGCGCUCUGACACCAAUAAAACGUUCUCCUUUCCACCA